AUGCUCGCGAAGUACGGCGUGAAGGUAACGGUGCUAGAGUCCCACGACAUCGCCGGCGGCGCCGCGCACAGCUGGCAUCGCGACGGGUACACGUUCGAGUCCGGGCCGUCGCUCUACUCGGGAAUGUCGAAGUGGCCGACGACGAACCCGUGCGGGCAGGUCUUACACGCGCUCGACGAGCCGCUGCCGUGCGUGUACUACAACACGUGGAUGUGCCACCUCCCAGAAGGGAGCUUCCUCACGGAGGUCGGGAAUGAUCAGUUCGUCGACGUGCUGAGAGAGUUCGUGGACGAAGAUGCGGCGCGAGAGUGGAUUCGACUGAAGGAGCUCAUGAAGCCGCUCGCGUCGGCGUCCGCGGCGCUGCCUCCGUCCGCGGUGCGCACGGACCCGUUCGCGGCGGUCACGCUCGCGAGGUUCGUCCCCGGCCUGUUGCAAGCCGCGCCGGCGCUGCCGCAGAUCAUGGCGCCGUACAGCAAGUUCCUCGACGCGAACGACGUCAAGCACCCGUUCAUUCGCAACUGGAUGGAGGUGCUGUGCUUCCUCCUCUCGGGCGCGCCCGCCAGCGGCACGCUCGCCGCGGAGAUCGGGUACAUGUUCGACGACUGGUACAAACCGAACAGCACGCUCGAGUUCCCGAUCGGAGGGUCCGAGGCGAUCGUGGACGCGCUCGUGCGCGGGCUGGAGAAGAACGGCGGACGGCUGCUGUUGCGGUCGCACGUCGAGCGCAUCGACGUCGUCGACGGCCGCGCCGCCGGCGUGACGCUCCGCGGCGGCGCGAAGAUCACCGCGUCCAAGUCCGUCAUCUCGAACGCGACGGUGUGGGACACGCUGCCGAUGCUCCCGGCGGGGGCGAUGGACCCGGGUUGGGCGAAAGAGCGAAACGACACGGAGAUGUGCGCGAGCUUCAUGCACUUGCACCUCGGCGUCGACGCGACGGGGCUACCCGACGACCUCGAGAUGCACCACAUCUACGUCGAGGACUGGUCCCGCGGCGUCACCGCGGAGCAGAACAUGGUGCUCGUGUCCAUCGCGAGCGUCGCGGACCCGAACCUCGCGCCGGCGGGGAAGCACGUAAUUCACGCGUACACGCCCGGGAACGAGCCGAUCGACUUGUGGCAGGGGCUGGACCGGCGCGGCGACGAGUACAAAAAGUUGAAGGAGGAGCGGUCGAAAGUGCUGUGGCGGGCGGUGGAGAAGGCGAUCCCGGACGUCCGCGAGCGCGUCGAGAUCGAGAUGGUCGGGACGCCGCUGACGCAGCAGCGGUUCCAGAGGAGGCACAAGGGGACGUACGGAGGCACCGGGUGGAUCAACGAGGACACGGAUACGAUUCCGAUCACGACGGCGUCGACGCCGUUGCCCGGAUUGCUCGUCGUCGGGGAUAGCAACUUUCCGGGGCCGGGGGUGCCGUCCGUCGCCGCGCACGGGUGGUCCGCCGCGCACGAGCUCGUGCCGUUCUGGAAGCAGUGCGCGAUGCUCGAUAAGGUGGCGCCGUGA